UGAGACUUGAGAGAGUGUGUAUGAAUUUGUGUGUUAGAAACAUUGACCUAUUUUUUUUUUUUUAACCAGCUGAUUUAUUUAUUGCAUGAUCAACAUUAUACUCCAUCAAAACAGUACAACAACAACAAGGUGGAGUUAUAAAAAAACAAAAAAUAAAUUUAAAAAUAAAUAAUAAGACAUGUUGGGACUUGUUAUUGGAGCUAAAUUAAUUAAUCCAAGUAAAAAUUGCAUUUGGACAUCAAGAAGAUACUCAAUAUCACAUUCAAUAAUCAAAAAAACGAUUAAUCAUCAUAAAAUUAUAUCAUCACUUGGCAUUAGGAGUUGCAGUGGAAAUGUCAUUGAUCGUGCACAAAAAAAGAAAAAUGUACCACAAGCAAAAGUGUGUAUUACACCAAUUAAAAAUCAAAUGGUUACUGAUGGUAUGACUGGUAGUAAAUUGGGUCAACAAAAACGUAAUUGUUUUCAUCCAGGUGGUUUAUCAAUGAGCAAUGAGCCACUAAAUUUAAAAGAAAAUAUAACAGUUACAAGUGGAGAUAUGAUUAAAGCAAUGUUAUCUUACAUAUGGCCAAAGGAUGAUCCAAGUAUUAAAAAUCGUGUUAAACUAGCAGUUGGUUUACUUGUUGGUUCAAAAGUAUUAAAUGUCAGUGUACCAUUUUUAUUUAAACAUGCUAUUGAUCAUUUAAAUGAAGCAGCAAUUGCUGCUAAUGGAGCACCAAUUUUAGCAAUGGAUACAGCACCAGAAACAAUAACAACAGUUGCAACAUCAUUAUUAAUUGGAUAUGGUGUUGCUCGUCUUGGUUCAGCUGGUUUUAAUGAAUUGCGAAAUGCAGUAUUUGCAAAAGUUGCACAAAAUUCAAUAAGAAAAAUUGCAAAUAAUGUAUUUUUACAUUUACAUAAUCUUGAUUUAGAAUUUCAUCUAGGACGUCAAACUGGUGCAUUAUCAAAAAUGAUUGAUAGAGGAAGUCGUGGAAUUAAUUUUGUAUUAACAGCAAUGGUAUUUAAUGUUGUACCAACUGUAUUUGAACUAGCAUUAGUUAGUGCAAUACUUGGUAUUAAUUGUGGUCCAGAAUAUGCUGCUGUUGCAUUUAGUUGUGUUGGUAUUUAUGGUGGUUUUACACUUGCUGUAACUCAAUGGAGAACAAAAUUUCGUGUUUAUAUGAAUAAAGCUGAAAAUGAAGCUGGUAAUAAAGCCAUUGAUUCACUUAUUAAUUAUGAAACAGUUAAAUAUUUUAAUAAUGAAAAAUUUGAAGCACAAAAAUAUGAUGAAUCAUUAAAAAAAUAUCAAGCAGCAUCAUUAAAAACAAGUACAAGUUUAGCUAUGCUUAAUUUUGGACAAAAUGCAAUAUUUAGUGGUGCAUUAAGUUUAAUUAUGGUUAUGGCUGCUAAAAAUAUUGCAAAUGGCACAAUGACAGUUGGUGAUUUAGUAAUGGUCAAUGGAUUAUUAUUUCAAUUAUCAGUACCAUUAGGAUUUUUAGGAUCAGUUUAUAGAGAAGUUAGACAAGCACUUAUUGACAUGCAAACAAUGUUUUCAUUAAUGUCAAGACCACCAACAAUUGCAUCAAAAGAAAAUGCAGUUCCAUUUGUUAUUACACCGACAACAUCAGAUAUUUUCUUUGAAAAUAUAAACUUUCAGUAUAUUCCUGGAAAAGCAAUUUUAGAUAACAUGAGUUUAUCAAUUAAAAGUGGUAAAAAAGUUGCUAUUGUUGGAGGUUCUGGUUCUGGAAAAUCAACAAUUGUUAGAUUAUUAUACAGAUUUUUUGAACCACAAAGUGGUAAUAUUUAUAUAAAUGGACAUAAUAUUCAAGACGUUGAUCUUGAUGAUUUAAGAAAAUCAAUUGCAAUUGUUCCUCAGGAUUCAGUAUUAUUUCACGAGUCAAUUUUUUAUAAUUUACAUUAUGGAAAUUUGGAAAGUAGCAAAGAGGAUGUUUAUGAAGCAGCAAAAAUGGCAAAUUUACAUGAUUCAAUAUUGAAAUGGCCACAAGGAUAUGAUACACCUGUUGGUGAAAGAGGAUUAAAAUUAAGUGGAGGUGAAAAACAACGUGUUGCAAUUGCAAGAGCAAUAUUAAAAAAUAGUCCAAUAUUAAUAUUUGAUGAAGCAACAUCAUCAUUAGAUUCAAUAACUGAAAGUAAUAUAUUGGAAGCUCUAAGACGAGCAACAUGUGGUCGUACAUCAAUUGUAAUUGCUCAUCGUUUAUCAACAGUAAUGGAUGCUGAUGAAAUUCUUGUAUUAAAUAAUGGUAAAUUAGUUGAACGUGGUAGCCAUGAAGAAUUAGUAUCAAUACCAAGUUCAAUGUACAACAAACUAUGGGAAGCUCAACAUUCAGGAAUGAAAAAAUUAAUUGAACAAAAAAAGAAAGUUUUUUAAUUUAAAAAACCAGUUUGUUUUAGUUUUUAAAAAAUUCAAUUUUAUUUUUUUUUUUUAAUUGUAAAUAUAUAAUACGUAAAUCACUGCAGGUGACAGUACUUACGUGAUGUAUAUAAAUUUCACCAUAGAAAAAAACAAAAUAAUAAUAAAGAAUAAACAAAGAUAUAUACACAAAAAAAGAUGCACGAAUAAAAAAAUAGUAUUCAAUUGAAUUUUCAUUUGAAAUUUGUAUGAUAAUAAUAAAUUUUAUUGAUUAAUUAUAUUUGUUUUUAUGUAAUUUAAAUGUUACGUUGUCAUAGUUACCAUUUUAAAACAAUCAUGGAUACCACACAUUCACGAUAAACUAAAAAAUAUUUAUAUCAUUAAAAUAAAUAAAUAAUGAAUAAUUUAAAAG